UUAAUGUUGGAAGAUAUUUUCAAGUUGCCUAAUAUGAAGAAGACAUUUGAGAGAGCUGUUAUGGUGAAUAGCUAUAUCUAUACUCGUUCGGGUCUAGUAAACAUGCUUAGAAGGUUUACUGACAAGAAAGAGUUGUUGAGGCCUGCAAAAACACGGUUUGCAACUGCCUUUAUCACUUUGGGUAGGAUGCAUAGUCUGAAAAGCAACCUUAGAAGGAUGUUUACCUCCGAGGAGUGGAUGACAAGCAAGUGGGUAAAAGAAGCGGGGGCUAAAAAGGUUGUAGAAGUGAUUUUGAUGCCUUCAUUUUGGAACAAUGUUGUAUUUGCUUUAAAGGUGGCUGGUCCAUUGGUGCGUGUAUUGCGCUUAGUGGAUGGUGAGAAGAAACCUGCUAUGGGAUACAUAUAUGAGGCCAUGGAUAGGGCCAAAGAAGCGAUUGCUAACUCUUUUAAUGGGGAUGAAAAGAAGUAUGCACCCAUUUUUCAGAUUAUUGAUAAUCGAUGGGAUGUUCAGCUUCAUCGCCCCUUGCACGCAGCUGGUUGGUACUUGAACCCAGAAUAUUUCUACAAGGCUGAACAUAUAGAUCCAGAGAUCAUGAAUGGCUUAUAUGAAUGCAUUAGAAAGUUAAAUCCAGAUAUAAAGGUUCAAGACCAAAUUGAUGCUGAGCUUUCGAUGUAUAACAAUGCAGAUGGGUUCUUUGGAAACUAUAUGGCUAUUAGAAAGAGAGCUGAGAAAUCACCAGCUGAAUGGUGGGCUUCAUAUGGAAUGUCAACACCCACGUUGCAAAAAUUUGCAAUUAAAAUUCUUAGCUUGACUUGUAGUUCAUCUGGGUGUGAACGUAAUUGGAGUGUGUUUGAAAAUCUUCAUACUAAACGGAGAAACAGGCUUGAUCAACUUCGUUUAAACGACUUGGUGUUUGUGAAAUACAAUAGAGCAUUGAGGCGUCGAUAUCAAAUGCGUGAUACCAUUGACCCUAUCAUAUUGACUGACAUUGAUGAAAGCAAUGAAUGGUUGACUGGAAAACUUGAUGAGGAGAAUGAUAAAGAUGAUGAAACUGUUUUUCCAGAUGACAUUGGGGAUGGGUUGACAUGGAGUAAUGUUGAUGCGGCUGCAGGAGUUGGAGAGCCUAGUUAUCAAUUUAGAACUAAACAAACUCGAUCACAAUUGGGAUCAACUUCGGCUUCGACUUCAAAGCGGCGAGUAACUCAAGAGAUUGAAGAGGAGGAAAGUGAGGCAGGGAUCGAAGAUGAUGAAGACUUGGAAGAGGGAGAAGAAUUGAGAGAUGAAGAAGAAGAUGAAGGGGUGAUUGAAGGGGAUGAUGAAGAUAUUGACCUUGAUGUUGAUGAUCUCCUUGAUUUUAAUGAACUCAAAAAGAGACUAACCUCUGCACCCCUUUUAGCCAUGCCAUGUGAGACAGGAGGAUUCGUAGUUUAUACUGAUGCCUCAAAAACUGGCUUGGGGUGUGCACUCAUGCAGAACGAAAGGGUGGUGGCAUAUGGGUCUCGACAAUUGAAAAAUCACGAGCAGCACUAUUAUACCCAUGAUUUGGAGUUGGCUGCGGUCGUGUUUUCCUUGAAACUUUGGCGGCACUAUUUUUAUGGGGAAAAGUUCGAGAUCUUCACAGAUCAUAAGAGCUUGCGGUAUUUAUUUUCACAGAGGGAUUUGAAUAUGAGGCAACGACGGUGGAUGGAAUUCUUGAAGGAUUACGAUUGUACGAUCCAGUACCACCCCGAGAAGGCAAAUGUUGUGGCUGAUGCGUUAAGUAGGAAAAAAGCUAGCACUAAUAGCUAA